GCUGCUGAAUACGGUGAAGAGCAUCCACCAAUCAUGAAGGUCUUUCUCCUCUUUCUUCUCGUCAUUGGAUUGGCAGUAGCUGAACCGUGGUGGGGAGGGAUUCGGGCCAGUAGAAGUGCUGAUACGGUUCAUUCCUGGCGUUUGGACCGUAGAAGUGCUGAUCCCGUGGCAGUAGCUGAUCCCAGGUGGGCUAUUCGGGGCGGUAGAAGUGCUGAUCCAAUGGCAGUAGCUGAUCCCUGGUGGGGAGGGAUUCGGGCCAGUAGAAGUGCUGAUCCAAUGGCAGUAGCUGAUCCCAGGUGGGCUAUUCGGGGCGGUAGAAGUGCUGAUCCAAUGGCAGUAGCUGAUCCCUGGUGGGGAGGGAUUCGGGCCAGUAGAAGUGCUGAUCCAAUGGAGUAGCUGAACCCUGGCUUGGAGGCAUACCGGUCAGCUGACCACGG